AUGGGAGGCGUAAUUUCCCGAUUUCGGGCAAAAGAGGACGAUAAUUAUGAGAAAAUCUUGUCCGAGCUCGAUAAUAAUAUUCGGCUGGCCGAAGUACGUCUUGCCGAAAUAAAAAUUCGGGAGAGACGUGCAAUGAUUAUUUGGCUGGUAAACUCUACUCUGAUUUAUAUUAUCUAUGUGAUCGGAUAUUUGUAUUUCGCGGGGCAGACACCAGAAAGUGAUAAUUGGGAUGUGUGGGCGAUUAAAGUGGCGCCCGUUUUUACCGUGCCUGCGCUCAUUUUAAUUGUAAAGAACCUGAUGGCAAUAUGGUAUAAGCGUAGUGAAGCGAACGAAGAAUCACAGCUGCGACAUCUUCGAGCGAAACAAAAAUUAAAAGUGGAGGAAUUGAAAAAGAAAACUGGUUAUUACACGACAAAGACACUCCUCGAAAGAUAUGAUUCACCUAAAAGUCCGCAAGGUCCACAACCUCCGCUCACUCCUGGAACAAAAACACAGGUUUCUCGAUCAGGAUCAGCACCGGGACAGACGCCGGUUAACCAGAAUCUUCGACAACGUCCCACUCAUGCGCAAACUACCCCAAUGCCAUCAAAUAACAUUGUCAAUGGAUUGAAUGGUGAUACACCAAAAGCAUCGAUUCUUGAAGGUGGGAGUGAUAUUACACCUGGAUCCUCUAUUCAUCAGCGUUCAUAUACUUUCCCUAAUUCACCGUCUCCUUUACAACGACAUUGGUAUGAUAAACUUGUGGAUGUAAUUGUCGGUGAUGAAGGUCCUGAAACAAAAUAUGCAUUAAUCUGUGAAAAUUGUCAUGUUCAUAAUGGCUUGGUUUUACCACAAGAGGUUGAUGAUCUUCAGUAUAUAUGUCCAAAAUGUAAUCAUUUUAAUCCUUCUCGUCGCAGUAUACGCGAAGGUACUGCCGGAAAUAAUAGUCUAUUAUUGUCGAGUAAAUCGGCAUUAAAUCCCGAUAAAGAUUCAACAAAAAUCUCGGACAUAAUGACCCCGAGACGAGGCAGAUCAACAACUCCACGUCCAACAAGUCGAGAAUCAUCGUCGGAUCCUGAACAUACAACCAAAAAUUAUGAUGAAUUUGAAGAUGAUGGUGUCGCUGUGAAUGAUGUCAAGAAAUAUGGAAGUAGCAGCAGUGAUGAAGCAUAUAAUGAUCGAGAUGCUCUUGAAAAUUAA